ACAAGCAUGAAUUGGACAUGAAAGUACCUUUAGGUCAAGCAGUGUAUCUGUGUUAAGCCUAACGUGAUUAGUCCUGUGUGUGGAGUUAGUCUGUGGGACUAGGAGGAGGGGCGGCAGCAUCGUUAGGGAGGAAAAACCACGUCACCCUGUCAAAAAGCGCAAUCUGGGUUUGGAGAGAAAGUGUGAACCACAAGAGCUACUUUCUCGCUUUGUCUCCUAGGGGGGGUUUAUGCAAAGAUGCAGACGGGAUUUCGGUUAAAUCUGAGCCCUGUUAAAGAGCCACUGGGCUUCAUCAAACUGGUGGAGUGGGUAAGUUAAGCGAGGCUGCAUGUGCGUAAUGGUGCUGCACUAUUUCUGCUGGAGUUAGCCCUUAAGGCCUUGGAGAGACUAAAAGUAAUAAUCCAGAUGUGAGGCUGAUGUUUUGUUUGUUUGUUUUUGCAUACAAACUUUUCUUUCAAGUAGUUGAUCCUUUGAUGCAUCAUAGUUCUUGUGACGUUGUGGUCAUCAUUACGCAUACACGUUUAUCUCGUUAUUGGAAAUCUUCCAAAACAGAUGUUCUCGGUUGAUUUGUUUUCAUCCUUAAUCUUUAGUUGUCACUGAUUAGCUACUUAUAGCUAUUUUUGCACAGCAGGAAUUGCAACAGAAUUGCUUUUCCAAGCACCAAGCACAUUCCUCUGAUCAGAGUAGGAUCCUCCUCUUUUUCUGGAGACUUUUGUUAGAUAACUAUAAAAGCAAAAGCAGAUAUACAGUAGAUCAACAUCAGAAUAUGCAUCUUGUACAGGUUUUACUCUUGUGGUCAUGUGAGACUACAAAAUGUUGCACUUUUUCUUAAAAAAAAAAAGUUGCCAUAAUGAAUCGCCAAGUUAAUGAGUCAGCAAACAGCUCCUACAAAGAAGCAGAACAUCUGGCAGAAGUCUGCUCUGUGCAGAAGCUGGUGAUUCAGCAAACCGGAUUUAAAACUAUAUACCAGAUGUUUAAACCAAAUGCUGCAGAGUGGGAAAUGAAUACGUAAUGUGUAGUAUGACUCUUCAUGGAGACCUGAGAGAAAUACCUAUAUUUAAUUUAUACUGUGAUAAAGUCAAUGCAGAUGUGAUUCUGGAUACAUUUCUGUUAACUUAUGCAUUUCAAUAAUCUUAAGCGACUUGCAAGUGAGGUGCAAAACAACUCUGUGUUCCUCUUGGGAUUUAAGCUCACCCUUUAAGUCAGCAGCACACAAGCUCUUGUAUCAAUCAUUAUAAUGUUUUCUUUGUUGGUGUACCAGAUAAAACUCUGAACAAACAUCAAUAUAUUUGAAGCUCAGCUGCUAGAGUAGUAACACACACUAGGAAAAUCAGCUCAUAGCGCAUGCGUGCUGUAUUAGCUACGUAUUAGAAGUGUAUUAGAAGUGUUCAGAACACUUCACUGCCUUGCUUCUGUCUAACUUUCUGAGCGUCUCCAUCCUUACACCACUUCUCGCACCCACAGACUGUUUUUAGGUCCUUUAGCAACAUGGCCCCCAAUCUGUAGAAAGGCCUAGUGACUGCAGAGACGAUUGGUGAUCGUUUGUGUUACAUACUUUCUAAAACGACACUGGGAGUUAGAAAGGUGCUAGAUAAAUCAAACACAUAAAUAAACCUUAACUGAUAAGCUACCUAUAUAGUUGUAAUCUAUUUGUAAGUGCGUACCUUUACAGCAUUUGGAGGACACCCUAACAGAGGAGCAGCUUACAGAAGUGAAAGGACUGAGCAGUUGAGGGUUAAGGGUCUUGCUCAAUGGCCCAGCAAGGGCAGCUUAGCAGUGCUGGUAUUUAAACUCACAGAAUUCCAAUCAGUAAUCCAAUGCCUUAACCACUGAGCUAGCAGCAACAUACCUGGCCUGUUUAUGUAACAUAGCUUAGAAAGUUUUAUAAUGCUGCUAUGAGACACUUUUUUACUAUUAUGAGACUCUUGCUGCUAGUUUUUACCCUAUAUUACUGCCUCACUUAUUUACAUAGUCAAUGGUUUGCACUUCAGCUCCCACCCCCUACACUAUUCUGUAGUCCUGUCUAGUUAACAUGCACUGUCCUGUGUAUUUAUUGUCCAUCCAUCCAUUCUCUGUACUGCUUAUCCUAUACAGGGUCAUGGGGUAACCUGGAGCCUAUCCCAGGGGACUCAGGUCCUGGACAGGGUGCUCCUCCAUUGCAGGGCACAAUCACACACACUCGCACAGCCAUUCACACACUGCAGACAAUUUGGAAAUGCCAGUCAUCCCACAAUGCAUGUCUUUGGACUGGGGAGGAAACCAGAGUACCCGGAGGAAACCCCCAAAGCAUGGGGAAGUCUGCUCACACAGGGCAAAGUUUACAGCUCUGUUUGCCUUUGGAUGCUGCAGCAGUUACAGUGGCAGGAAUGUCAUUUCCCUGUUUUGUGGCAAUGGGACAAAUGAGACCCUUAAUGCCACUUUCGCGUACCCAUUCAGGAUAAACCAAGUGCUGUUGGUUGAAGACAAUGUCACUCUGUGUAACCACACUGUGUCUGAGACACAUCUGAUGGGGGAUUCGUCCUCCUCCGUGGAGUUCUUCGUGGCCGUGGCUGUCCUGGCGUUUCUCUACUGCAUGAUAGCUCUGCUGGUUUACGUGGGCUACAUGCACGUAUACCGGGACUCUAACUUUGGCCCAGUGUUUGAUUUUUUGGUGACAGCGGCAUUUGCUUUUCUGUGGCUGGUGUGCUCAUCGGCUUGGGCACAAGGGCUGCAGAAAGUCAAGUAUGCCACAGGCACAGAAGGCACAAGUCUGACGUUAUGCAGAAAGCUUGAUGUCCCAUGUGAGGUCACUGAAUUUUCCAGCAUGCGUACGCUGGAUAUAUCAGUGGUGUUUGGCUUCCUGAACCUGAUCAUCUGGUGUGGUAAUGCCUGGUUUGUUUACAAGGAGACCUGUUGGCAUUCACACAAGCGCAACUCUCAGCAGGGGGCAGAGCGUGGACGGGGCCCUGGCCCUAUCUAGACGCAUCUCCCAGGCGAGCACAUGACCAUAUCGACCCACAAACUCCAUGGACUCUUUUGUUUCAAAAACGAAAUAGGAAUCUGUGCCAUUUGUUUAAGCAUUUUCUGCUUUUUUCCUCCUCAUACUCAAAUUCUUUAAAACGUAUAGUCAAGCCUAAACAAGUCCACUUUUUACCUGUGCCAGUUUUUCUAUUCUUGCAUACAUAUAAGCAAUGAUUUUUUCACAUUUGCCAGAAGUAUUACUCUGUUUGCAAGCAUUUUUAAAUGCGAUUUGUAAAACAAAUCAAAUUUUCAUUGCCACUUUGUUCUUUGUUCAUGUUUUUGGUUUUUUAAAUAGCUUUCAUUUAUAGGUGAAUGUGAUUUCUUCAAGUAGAAUAUGUUCCUGGAACAGCAUUAAUUUUCACCAGUCACUGAUCUAUCAGUCCUCACAAAAACUUUUUUUUUUUACUUAGCUUAUUAAAUAUACUGGAACAUUGACCAUAAUUGGCUGAAGUCCACCAUUUAAGCCCAUUAAACCCUGUUUAAGCUCAUUUUCAGGAGCUGAGGAGUGGAAGCAGCACUAUCAGAUCCAGAUAUCAGAUCCAGGAACAACGACGUGAUGUUGCUUUAGGAAAAUAUUUUACUUGAAGGAAUUUUGUAUACCUUGAUAUUAUUUUUCCCGACUACUUAUAUAUCUGUGAAUGUUUAUGACUUUUAAUACAUUUUUUGUGGCAAUAUCUUUUAUAUUAAAUUAAUAAAAUUGAGAUUGAAUCUGA